CGACAACGCGUUCGUCUUUGAAGGCAACUCAAGGCGCGAUCAUGCUGGGCAGCGCAGUGGCAGGGCCGGAUGACUUCGUGCGGAUGCCGUGGCAAUCGUUCUCGACAAUGAAGCGAUUCAUAAGUGAGGGAAAUCGACUCGAGAAUGCGAGUUGGCGCCUAUGGCACAUGCAGCGUUUGAAUCGACUCGCCGCGCGGACCGACGCGGUCGACGACCCGUACGACGACAUCCUCCGAGAGUCCCGCAAGUGUGUCUACUGCAACUUGGCGUCGGCAACCUUGUCAUGCAAUGGGUGUUGCCAUGAUGUGUAUUGUGUCGGGUGCUUCAAACUCAUCCACAUGCGAGGGCAUCUGGCAACACACACGGCGGUCAAGCUCGUCCAGCCUUCUUCAUCCAAACCGACAAAACAAGAGCCAUCGUCUUCGGCAUCCAAGUCGUCGACGUUCUCCACAGCACCGCCGACAGCGUCCAGUACUCAACCAACCGCUGCAAUUGAAUCCAUUCCUUUGUCGUAUAAAGUGUGGGAACACAAGAUGGACGCGCUUUUCCAGAAGCUCAUGGUCACGAGCAUGCAUCAUGACGGCGACAUCAGUGUUCAUAAUCUACCGACCGACACCACGGCAUCAAGUCCAGCUCUUCCCGUAACAUCGCCUAUAUACGCCGUGGCGCUAGCCAGUUCCUCACCGAUGGUCGAAGGUUAUCCUGAUGUGGUGGCCAUUCCACCAGCGCCGUCAACUGCCGUGACGUCGUCAGCAUCAUCCCGCAGCAGUUCCAAGCGCACCCCCGUUUGCAACACUUGCAAAGGACCGCACAUGACAAUAAUGUGUCCGUUGCUUCAGCCUAUGAAGAACUUGCCAUGCAAUCACUGCCACAGCCAGAGUCAUGCCACGGCCCAUUGCGUCGCGAACGUGUGCUCGAAUUGCAGUGGUGGACACGUCCUAACAGACUGCCCGCUGCUUCUCCUUCCUCCGCCACCGCCGUCGACUCCAGCACCUCCGUCGUCCAAGAAAUCCAAGCGGCUCGCGUGCGGCAACUGUCGCGGAGACCACAUGACGAUAGACUGCCCGCAAUUGCCGCAAGCGUCGACGCCCAAGCACGAAAAGGCCGCGUUUGUUCGUAAAGUAUACACCAACUACCACAAUGACAACGCGUCCAACAGUACUCACGCGUACUUGGGCGAUGAAGUUUCGGUUCAUGGCGUGCAUGCUCGAGGCAUGACGUAUCCGCAUGACACGGCGGCGCCGCUUCCAGUGUACGAGAGCAUUGCCGAAGAAGAGGGUGGGUCGCAUUCGUUCUCGUCGCCCAGUUUCGACGACAACCAUCACUCGAUCUUGCCGUCACUGGAGGCAACGGCAGCGGAGCGUCGGCCCGAUGUCUGGGUCCUCUCGGCGCUUCAGGAACUACCGCUAGAUUUGUCCAUGCAGGCCAUGCACAAGCAAGGCACUUCUUGUGCGGUGCAUUGCUGGUCCCAUGACCUCGAAACCAAGGGAUUUGUGUACUUGCGGUCGUCCAAGUCGUCCCCAUCAACGCAGUGGGUGCGGCGGUUCAUGGUGCUGUAUCGAAACACAUUGGUAGAGUACCUGGACGAGUCGGCGUGCCGGCCGAUUGGGUUUGCCAACGUGAGCGAAGCCGAAAUGGCCCUUGAAGACGAUGGGGUGCUCACCGUGGCCGUGACGGCAUCGGCGCUUCGGACGCAAGAAUGGGCUGUGUCAUCGUGGAAGUUUGACGCGGUGGAAGAUGGCCCCAAGUGGUUGCACGCUCUGUCCCGGGCAAGUCGACUUCAGUGGACUGACUUGUACUCGGACGACAGCGGCGUCGAGUUGGGCCAAGGCCGGUUCUCCGUCGUCAAGCGUGCGCGGCGAAAGGUCCCGUCGGCAUGUGUGUCUGAGUGUGCGCUGAAGAUCAUCGACAAGGCCAUGUUUUGGAGACUCGUCGAAGAUGGCAUUGAGCGCAACGACACGCUUUUUCGAGAAGUGCUGACGCAAACUGUGCUGACCAUGCGCAGCCGAUCGACCCAUGAGAGCUUUGUCGUGCAGGUCAUUUCUCUGUUUGAGACGCACGAUCACUUGGUGAUCGAGAUGGAACUGAUGCACGGUGGCGACGUGUUUGACCGGAUCGCAGAGAAAGGUCCCAUGGCCGAGCGUGACGCCGCCGUCUUCAUAUCGCACCUCGUCCAAGCCAUCGACUUUUGUUUUCACAAUGGCGUCGUGCAUCGUGAUGUCAAGCUGUCCAACUUGGCACUCGACGAGGGCACGGAAUUUGGUGCCGCCCAACGGUCGCCCGUUCUCAAGUUGGCCGAUUUUGGAAUGGCAGCGUUUCUGCUGCCGAAUGGGAUGCUCCGUGGACGGUAUGUCAAGGCAGUGACGAAAUCGUUGAGACAUGGUUUUGCCCUAGCUGCGGCACUCCAGGAUAUGUGGCGCCGGAGAUCCUUCUGGCCGGCGUCAAUGAGGCAUACCCCCCACACGUGGAUAUGUUUUCGGCGGGCGUCGUGCUGUACACGCUCUUGUGUGGAUACGAGCCGUUCUUCGGCCGCAACGACAAAGAACUGAUUGCGCUGAACAAGGCCGUCGUGUACUCGUUCCAUCCACAGGAGUGGGCUCACAUCUCGGACCACGCAAAAGACCUGAUUCAACUCAUGAUGCAGCCAGACGCAAGGGAUCGCAUCACGGCGCAGGAAGCACUGCGCCAUCCGUUUCUGAGGGACAUCCCCGUCGCGUCCUUCUCAGGCGCCAUGGCGUGCACCAGGUUAUUCUGAUCAACUUGAUGCUGUCAUCCGGUUGUGUUUCGGAUACUGUGGUCGACAUCGCUUUACGGUACAGUGGACAGGGCGGGCACUUGCGCCGAAGCAGAUUCAAACCUACAAGGGGAGACGGCGCAGUAAAACAGCGGGCUCUCGAUUCAUAACUAGGAAUUACAUGAAUAGAUGGAUAGGGUCGA